UGCGUUGACAUGACUACUAACUUGAAUCUGCAGUCCAACAAAGAAGACGAAGACAGUUGAUCCCAGGCAGCUGAAUGCUUCUCCACCGCUUAACUUCCUCCCUUCCCCUAAUAACCCCCCAACUCCACCAUUUUCCUCUGCUUCAUCAUUAUUGACUUUUCCUCCUCAUCAUCAGUGUGGAGACCUAAAAUUAGAAGCAGCUAUGGUAGAUGUCACUAAAUGGCCCCUGUUCUCGCUGCUGAGCGGUGAGGAGCGAGCCGCGGUCCGGCAGGCCUGUGUCUAUGGAACAUCAGCGAACGAAGUCAUCUAUACUACUCAUGGAAAUGAGGUAUAUGCAUUUGGUCUAAACUGCAGUGGCUGCCUGGGGACAGGUGACAGUGUGAGCACUAUUGUGCCAAAGAAGCUGGACUUCCUGCAGGGGAAGAAGAUUGCCAGCAUCAGCUACGGCAGUGGACCUCAUGUCCUUUUGGCUACAGAAGAUGGACAGCUGUUUGCUUGGGGGCACAAUGGUUACAGCCAGCUAGGGAACGGCACGACCAACCCGGGACUUUCAGCCGUGGCGAUCACAACUAACCUGCAGAACAAGAAAGUGACGGAGGUGGCAUGCGGCUCGCAUCAUUCUCUGGCUCUCACUCACGAUGGAGAUGUGUUUGCAUGGGGUUAUAAUAACAGUGGCCAGGUGGGUUCAGGCUCCACAGCCAACCAGCCAUACCCAAGGAAGGUCUGUGGCUGCCUGCAGGGGAAGACUGCGGUGGGCAUCACAUGUGGACAAACCUCCUCCAUGGCUCUGGUUGACAACGGAGAGGUUUAUGGUUGGGGCUACAAUGGGAAUGGGCAGCUGGGAAUUGGGAACAACAGCAAUCAGCUGUCUCCUUGUCGUAUUGCUACACUCCAAGGACUCUGCAUUCAACAGAUUGUAUCAGGAUACGGACACUGCUUGGCCUUAACAGAUGAAGGACUACUGUAUGCCUGGGGAGCAAAUACCUAUGGUCAACUAGGAACUGGCAAUAAGAACAACCAGCUCAGUCCUGUGCAAAUCAUGGCUGACAAAGAGAGGGUUGUGGAGAUUGCAGCAUGCCACUCAACACAUACUUCAGCAGCCAAGACUCAAAGCGGCAAGGUGUACAUGUGGGGGCAGUGUCGAGGCCAGUUGAUCUCCCUGCCCCACCUCACCCACUUCACCAGUACAGAUGACGUGUUUGCCUGCUUCGCUACACCCUCCGUGAUGUGGCGCCUCGUGUGUAUGGAGCAUGAUGACUUCAUGACAGUUUCCGAGGCUCUCAGGAAAGAGUUUGACAGUCCAGAAACCGCCGACCUUAAGUUCAGCGUUGAUGGAAAAUGCAUCCAUGUUCACAAAGCUGUCCUGAAGAUCAGGUGUGAGCAUUUCCGCUCGAUGUUUCGCUCCCAGUGGACGGAGGAUCAGCAGGAGGUGAUCGAGAUCAGCCAGUUUUCAUACCCUGUCUACAGAUCCUUCCUGCAGUUUCUCUACACAGACUCUGUUGACCUGCCACCUGAGGACGCCAUUGGCCUGUUGGAUCUGGCGACGUCUUACUGUGAAAACCACCUGAAGCGUCUGUGUCAGCAGAUAAUCAAGAGGGGGAUCACUGUAGAAAAUGCCUUCACCCUGCUGUCUGCAGCCAUUCGAUAUGAUGCAGAGGAUCUUGAAGAAUUUUGCUUUAAGUUUUGCGUAAACCAUCUGACUCAGGUGACUCAGACUGAAGCUUUCUGGCAAGUAGACGGAGCUAUGCUCAAAGAGUUCAUCAGCCGAGCCAGCCGCAGCGGAGCCUUCAAAAACUGAGCGUUGCUCUUGCUUUCUUACUUUUUAAAAGAAAGUGCGCUGCAGGUUCAGCAGAAGAAUCCUUUACGGCUAGAGAAAGAAUCUGAUCCACCUCAAAAGCAAUGACGCUAUUAACAUACUGCACACCGUAUUGAACUGUAAGUUGGUAUCUACGGAUUUUAAAUCAGCACUUUGGCCAAUUCCUGUGGAGUCAUUCUGAAUGUUCAUGAAUAUUUACAUGCUGCAUGUGUUCUUUAAUGCAAUUUGCUUAUCCAGUUCUUACAUUCCACUUUAGUAAACUGCACAAUGCAUGUGAGAAACCGAAAAGCAGGAACGACCUACACAGGAGUAGGCUAGUAGCACUGUUCUGCAGCUCAUGUUUGGGUUUCAUUGGAUGCUCCAGGCUAAGCCACAUUUGAAGUUUUAAAUUAUAAUAUAAUCUGUCUCAGUCAUUUAGAUUAUGCUGUAGGUCAUUUGGUUGAUUUUUACAGUUCUUUAAGAUCUUUUAAGUUAAAAAUGACUAUGUUUUUGUAUUUUGGCCUUUUUCUUUUUAGUUUGGCCUCUGCUUUGUGGCACUCAAGUUUGCCUGUGCUUAUUAGGUCAAAAUAGCUUUUUAAAAAUAGAUUUGAGAGUAGACUUUAAGGACUAAAAUGUGCUAAACUAGUGCGCUGUUACAAUAUUAUUAACGUUUUUGUUCCUCUGUAAACAUUUCAAAAUGGAUUUAAGCAAUCUCUGAGAAAUAACUUAAUACUUAGGUUUAUUACUAUAUUCAUUUAUAAUGUUGCCGAACUGGAACAGAAGCAAAUAACUAAAUAGAUAAGGUUAUUGUGCUUCAUGUUCUGUGGGUUUUAUUACAUAUUUAGAGGAAAUGCAAUACCCUAGAACAGCACAGAACCAUGCAAGGUAUGACUUUCAAAUUCUGGUUUUGUUCUCUGUUUUAGGUUUGUUUGUCUUUAUGUUUAUUAUAUAGUUACCAAAGGUUGAAUGGGAAUCCUCCUGUCUGGAUGUCCUUGAUAAAAAGAAAUGUGUUAUUGACCAAAUUAAUCUGCAGCAAGACAGGGAAAUUUCUGUUUCUUAAGUUUCCUUUUCUCAGUGAUCUUAAAAGUCUGAUAAAUGAAACUUGGACCUUAGUUUGUGUUAAGUUUCAGAUCCAGUAAAGCAGGUUACAGGGCAGUUAAAAAGAGGUUUACAGUUUUUUGUGUAAAUAUGGAGAUUCGACCUGAAAAUGUGAUGGUUUGUCUAAACAUUUAUUUUUAUAUUUUUUUAAGCUCUUAUUUACGAACAACUUUAACACAACUCAUAAAUCCUGAGGGUUGACUUACAGUUCUUUUUGCUGUUAAAUAUUUGCAAUUAUUUUGGGUUUUUAUAUUUAGUUUUAGUUGCUUUUUCUUUGAAAAAAUAAAAAACAUAAGAAUAAGAAAUGUUGUUGACUUUAA